GGCGCGGCGACCCCAAGACCCAGCCCCGCCCGGGCCGCUCAGUGCUGCGUGGACGCCGCGGCUCGGGCUCCGCGUGGGCGUGAGGGCUGCGUCCCCGGGACUGGCGUGGCGCGCUCUGCGUUAGGCGCUGGGAAGGAGCUGCCCUGGAGCUCGCUGCCCUGGAGCGAGGGAUGACAGCGUCAGCCUGGAAGCCCCUCUCCAUCCUCUGGGCUCCAUUUUCCUACGACAGAGAUAAGUCGGAGAGGGCGGGAGAUUCGCGAUCCAAAAAUAGACUAGGAAUCUGCUGGCAGGCCUUGUUAGUCGGCUGCUCCCUUGCUUGAAGGAGAGGCUGAGACCUCGGCUGGAAUGAGAGUGGAGGGCUAGCAGGCACCAUGGGCUCCUCCUGUGUCACCUCCCAGAGGCACAGAGACAGAUUCCUGAAGAUGCUGACAAGACUGCAAGUUCUUACCCUGGCUUUGUUUUCAAAGGGAUUUUUACUUUGUUUAGGGGACCAUAACUUUCAGAGGAAGGAGAUUAAAAUAGAAGGUGACCUUGUUUUGGGGGGCCUGUUUCCUAUUAAUGAGAAAGGCACUGGGACCGAGGACUGCGGGCGAAUCAAUGAAGACCGGGGGAUCCAGCGCUUGGAGGCCAUGCUGUUUGCGAUCGAUGAGAUCAACAAGGACAGUUACUUGCUGCCUGGAGUGAAGCUGGGUGUCCACAUUUUGGAUACGUGCUCCAGGGACACCUAUGCCUUGGAGCAGUCCCUGGAGUUUGUCAGGGCAUCUCUGACCAAAGUGGACGAAGCCGAGUACAUGUGUCCCGACGGCUCCUAUGCCAUCCAGGAGAACCUCCCUCUGCUCAUCGCGGGCGUUAUUGGUGGCUCUUACAGCAGUGUCUCCAUACAGGUGGCCAACCUGCUGCGGCUCUUCCGCAUACCCCAGGUGAGCUACGCUUCCACCAGCGCCAAGCUCAGCGACAAGUCGCGCUAUGACUACUUCGCGCGCACCGUACCCCCCGACUUCUACCAGGCCAAGGCGAUGGCCGAGAUCCUGCGCUUCUUCAACUGGACCUAUGUGUCUACCGUGGCGUCGGAGGGCGACUAUGGCGAGACCGGCAUGGAGGCCUUCGAGCAGGAGGCGCGGCGCCGACGCAUUUGCGUUGCGGCGGCCGAGAAGGUGGGGCGCUCGGCGCUGCGCCGCUCCUACGACGGCGUGGUGCGAGAGCUGCAGCGCAAACCGGGCGCGCGCGUCGUGGUGCUGUUCACGCGCGGCGACGACUCGCGCGAGCUGCUGGCGGCCGCGCGCCGCGCCAACGCCUCGCUCACGUGGGUGGCGAGUGACGGCUGGGGCGCGCAGGACAGCGUGGUGCGCGGCAGCGAGCGCGCGGCCAGGGGCGCGCUCACGCUGGAGCUGGCCGCGCGCCGCCUGCCGCAGUUCGACCGCUACUUUCGGGCGCUCACGCCCGCCACAAACUUGCGCAACCCCUGGUUCCGCGACUUCUGGGAGCAGAAAUUCCAGUGCAGCCUGCGCGGGGGCCCGCGGCGCGCCUGCUCCGAGCACUUGGCCUUGGACGGCAGCAACUACGAGCAGGAGUCCAAGAUCAUGUUCGUGGUGAACGCCGUGUACGCCAUGGCUCACGCCCUGCAUCGCAUGCAGCGCGCACUGUGCCCCAACACCACCAAGCUGUGCGACGCCAUGAAGGUCCUGGACGGCCGCAAGCUGUACCGCGACUACCUGCUCAAGAUCAACUUCACAGCCCCAUUCAUCCCAAAUAAAGACGAAGACAGCAUCGUCAAGUUUGACACUUUUGGAGAUGGAAUGGGGCGAUACAACGUGUUCAAUUUCCAGAACGUGGGUGGCAAGUACUCCUACCUGAAGGUCGGUCACUGGGCAGAGACCUUGUCCCUGGAUGUGGACUCCAUCCACUGGGCCCAGAACUCCAUCCCCACCUCCCAGUGCAGCGACCCCUGUGCACCCAAUGAGAUGAAGAGCAUGCAGCCGGGCGACGUCUGCUGCUGGAUAUGCAUCCCUUGCGAGGCCUAUGAAUACCUGAUUGAUGAGUUCACCUGCAUGGACUGCGGGCCUGGGCGCUGGCCCACGGCUGACCUGUCAGGAUGCUUCGAUCUUCCUGAGGACUACAUCAAGUGGGAAGACGCCUGGGCCAUCGGCCCUGUCACCAUCGCCUGCCUGGGCUUCAUGUGUACCUGCGUAGUCAUAACUGUGUUUAUCAAGCACAACAACACACCCCUGGUCAAAGCCUCGGGCCGAGAGCUCUGCUAUAUCCUGCUGUUUGGGGUCGGCCUGUCCUACUGCAUGACAUUCUUCUUCAUUGCCAAGCCAUCGCCCAUCAUCUGUGCCCUGCGCCGGCUGGGGCUGGGGACUUCCUUUGCCAUCUGCUACUCAGCCCUGCUGACCAAGACAAACUGCAUUGCCCGCAUCUUCGAUGGGGUCAAGAACGGCGCACAGAGGCCCAAGUUCAUCAGCCCCAGCUCUCAAGUCUGCAUCUGCCUGGGUCUCGUUCUGGUGCAGGUUGCGGUGGUGUCUGUGUGGCUUGUCCUGGAGGCCCCUGGCACCCGGAGGGACACCCUCCCUGAGAAGCGCGAGAAGGUCAUCCUGAAGUGCAAUGUGCGCGACUCCAGCAUGCUUAUCUCGCUGGCCUACGACGUGGUCCUGGUGAUCCUGUGCACCGUGUACGCCUUCAAGACAAGGAAGUGCCCCGAGAACUUCAACGAGGCCAAGUUCAUCGGCUUCACCAUGUACACCACCUGCAUCAUCUGGCUGGCCUUCCUGCCCAUCUUCUACGUGACAUCCACUGACUACAGAGUGCAGACGACGACCAUGUGCAUCUCCGUGAGUCUGAGCGGCUUCGUGGUCUUGGGCUGCCUGUUUGCCCCCAAGGUGCACAUUGUGCUGUUCCAGCCCCAGAAGAAUGUGGUCACACACCGGCUGCAUCUCAACAGGUUCAGUGUCAGUGCAACGGGGACCACUUACUCUCAGGCAGCCAAAGGACCCCUCAGAGCUGCUCCUGGAGACAGGAAGUCCAGAGUGCGUGACGGGGACGUCGGCGGGGCUGCCUAGCUGGAAGGAGCCUCUGCCAGCACUUAUGUCCCCACUGUGUGCAAUGGGCGCGAAGUCCUGGACUCUACCACCUCCUCGCUGUGACCAAGACUCCGCUCGGCACCCGAAGUGUUAGACUGUUAGACACUCAUGCCGAGGGCAGCUCCGGAAUGCAGAGACGAACAAAAGGCCCUGGAACCUUUUUUUAGAAGCAGCGCAUAAAUUAUUUUUGAGGACUGUACAGUAUAGUGAUGUGCUAGGACUUUCUAGGCUGAUUUUCGUGUCCCUAUUAUUAACGGUUCCCCCAAAACACAGAAAUAACCAUUGUUUACAGAGCUGAGCAUGGGUGACAGGGUCUGACAGGAUCAGUCUACUACAACUAUGGUGGCAAUAUUAGGUAACUUUUUUCCUAUCAAGUUUUUGUAGGUCCUUGUUGUAACUAAUUUAGGAUGAGUUUCUAUGUUGUAUAUUAAAGUUACAUUAUGUGUAACAGAUCGUUUUUCUGAGCAAAAAUAAAAAGCAUCUAUGUUAAGUAAAGGCAUUGGAAAUAAAACCUUCACGGUUUUCCAGCAUGGUGGAAAACGGUUUGUCCUUUUUGAGUCUCUUGAGGCAAUGUGAACACAUGGACUGCAAGUCCUGUCUACUUUCGAUUUUGGAAGGAAUCACCUGACCAUUCCCCUCUUCACAGCCACACAGCUUGGAACGCAGGCCGCCCCCUGCUGGAGGGCUGGAGAGAGAACUGGACUUUGUCAAGGUCACGAUGAGCAGAAAGUGACUGGCGGCACCACAGGUGUCACGGAAACGUACCCAGCCAUGGGACACCCCAGAAUUGCCGGAACCCGGCUCUGAAGUAAAAAGCUGUCCUGGGGGCUGCAGACACUUGUUCCCCUAAACACCGUUGGUCGGCAAGAGCCCAGGAAGUGACCCCUACCCACAACUGAGGGGCACACAAGCUCAUCUAUAAACUUCCAUGUUUUACUCGCCUAAAUAAAAGAGGAAAUAGCAAAA